UAAGAUUUAGUCAAACCCGUGAGCUCUGAUUAUUCGAACGUCUUGCGGUUAACCGAAACAAUGAAGAACAGGGCUGCGAUUGGAGUCCUCCUGGUACUGGUAUGCCAGUACGGCGGGGUCCGGGCGGACAGUGAUAGCAGCGAAAGCAGCAGCAGCGGGGAGAGCAAGCACAAAAACAAGUAUACGACUACCGAGCACAAGUACAAUUAUCCUGCAUAUCCCAUGCCCUUCGGCUAUGGGCAGCCGUAUCAGUACAACCCCUAUCCAUACCCUUACCCACCGCCGAAUCCGCAGUAUCCACAGUACCUACCUUCCGCCAUGCACGCCUACCCAUCGCCCGGCUACCCACCCAUUCCCGGCUUCAAUCCGUACACCCUAGUUCCACCACCUCCACCGCCGGGUUAUCCCCAGGCUGGGACUGGACAGAACCCAGGCUAUAACCCAAAUUCGCCAAAUCAGCCUCAGCAGCCGGCGCCUGGCCAAGGAACAGGUCCUUCGUCAAACUAUCCUCCAGGCGGCUCAAGCGUUAUCAAUCAUUCCCUUAAAGUCAACAAGGAAUACAACGAGGAUGGUCACCACUCAACCUCGGCAUAGACCUUUUGAACAUUCAAUACAAAUAAGAAAAAAAUGUAAUUGUUUCAUUUACCUUUUAAGGAUAGAUAAUUUGGUUAUUAAAGAUCCUGAGUAAAAUAAAAUCGAACAAAUGUUUUGCUGCACUCCCAAA